AUGUUCAAUUUAAGUGGUUCCGGCGUGUUACAUCUUGGAGUGAAAGGACUGAAUCAUUAUAAAUAUGACAAAAUUAAUGUAACUCUAAGUUACUUCGUCGUACUAGUCCAAUCGAUCGACGAACACCGACCAAAAAAGAAAGAAAAACGUCAGCUCGAUUACGCCUUAUCACAACAUUACGCAGGACCGCACAGCUACCGUUUGGAACGAAGGAUAUCGAAUGGACCCCCGCCUUUCUACUCCCAAUCACAGUACCAUCCAGGCCCACCCCGCCCAUAUCGUAAAGGUAGACCACAAUCUCUUCCUGCACCUCCUUACGCUGUUCAAAUGGAACCUCUGAUCCAUUAUUCGCAGCGCGAUCCUUUAUACGAUACUAACACUCUACCCCCUGAUAUAGAUCCAGGCCAAGACCUUGCCGCCCAGGACCACGAUGGCGUCGAUAGAGGAGGAAGCGGAGAUACCAUCUAUAUACCCCAUAAGCCUUUAAUUAAAUACAUAGAAAAGCCAGUUUACAUUAAAGAACCUGAACCAAUCAUUGAAAUAAUUAUUAAAGAAUCCAAUGUAACUUUACCGCCUCCGCCUACAGAGGCCCCACCGCCACCUCAAAAAAAGAAAAAGGAAGAAGUUCAAGUAUUUUACGUAAAAUACAAAAAAAAUCCUAACGGCUAUGGUAAAGACGCUGUCAUUUAUGAUAAACCAAUUCCAGCUAUAUCACCACAAGUCCCUGAAGAGGAAGAGCCCGAACCAGAAGAAGAAUGGAAAGAUACUCCACCAGCCACAGGCUAUGGUGGUUAUGGAGAAUAUUCCAAUGAAGUGACUGAGCCUCCAAAACCAAGUACCACUUUAAGAACUAUUAUAAAACCCGACAGUGAAGUUUACCAUAGCCCUGGCAAUAACGUUAAAGUUACUUUUGGCAAAGAAGGUUUCGAUUAUGAUAAACGCUCAAGUAAACCGGAAGACUAUCCUGGACCACCACAAUCUCAACCAGGAGAUCAAUAUCCAAAAGCACGCCAAUUAACAUCAUAUUCCGAUGUUUACUUCAAAAGGCCUACUUAUAAUAAUAACUAUCAAUCGAGCUCUAACGAAUAUAGAUCUGAAGUCAGGCCGCCACAGUCAUAUCGUCCAUUUAACAGUUACUCACCGCCAUCUAACCAAUAUAACAGUCGACCUCCUAACAGAGAAUUUAACAAUAGACCACCCCCAUUUUUCCCUCCUCCAAAAUACUCCAAAUCUUCAAGUUCUUCUCAGCCUGCGCCAUCUGCAUCUUCUCGCCCAUCAUUCCCCAAUUUUUCACACUCCAUCUCUCACCCACCACCUCCGCAGUACCAACCACAACCGAAACCAGUUAGCAGUAAUAACAACAACUAUCCUCCGCAAAGAUUUCAGUCUCAAUUUUCCGACGUGUUGCCUCCUAGUCAACGCAAGCCUGUUCCAUAUACACCAUUCGAAAAAAUAAGACCGUCAUUUAACAAUCAUCCUCCGCCAACUCAAGCAACCAAUCAUCAUCAAUUGCCUCAUGUGUCUCAAAAUAUUCAGUUUAGGCCCGAACCUCAAUACAAUCACCAACAACAGCAGUUGCCCCUUAACAGAUCUCCACCGAGCUUUGCUGAAGUUAAUAACCAAUUUAAAUUCAUUGAUCAACAACAACAGAAUUAUAAUAAUCUGCAACAACAGAAUUAUAAUAAUCAACAACAACAACAACAGCAGCAGCAACAAUCUGUUCAAAAUAUCGUGCCACCAGGUGGUCAAUUGAUUCACAGUCUACCGAAAUACGAGCAACAUCUUGUGGUUGAUCAGGCGACUGGUCAAGUGGCUCAAUCGUUGCCGUUACAACAGCAACAGCAACAGCAAAUUCAUCAACAAGAAAGCAGAGCCAAUAAGCAAGUCAAGCAGAAUCAUGCUCAAUAUUACAGGCAACUGCCUAGCAAUCAAAAUGUCGCUAAUCAUCGAUCUGAACAACAAUCGACAACUAGGUGA